AUGACAACAGAGAUGGACGUGGUGAAUGUGCCGGAAGAGCUUCUUCAACGUCUGCUGGGGCAAACAAACGGCUACGCCAUACAGCGUGAGCAAAUCGCGGCGGCCGUUAGACAAAGACUCAUGACGGCCGAGCCCAUGCCUGCAGGCCCCAUGACGGCGGCGGCAUUCCAACCUACAGGUGACUGUGCUCCGCGGUCCGCGGGAAGUCAACCCUCGAGGUUCACGGGAUUCAGUGACACGCAGUCCCCCGAGGAAUUUCUGGACCAGCUGGAGACCUUUUGCCUGGUGACUGGGAUCGGCGCCGACAGAAGGCUUAGCCACGUCGUGCCUGCUGCACUGGAGGGUAGCGCGAAGUUAUGGCUCCGUUUCGUGAAGUUGUUUUCAUCGUGGGAUGACUUCAGGGCGUCGUUCAUAGCGGAGUUUUCUUCGAUUGACGCGAAGGGGCGCCUGACACAAGAACUUGAGCUCCGCACUCAACACCCCGAAAAAAACCUAAAAGAGUUAAUCUACACGAUCGCGGCGUAUUAUGACCGGAUCGGCGGUGAAGUGCCGAAAUCUGAAAAGGUUGACCGUGUGUUACGGCAGAUGCACCCGCAACUCCAAGAUUCGGUGGAAGGCAAGCAGUUUGCCAAUCUCGCGGAGCUGGCAAAGGCAGCUGACGGCCUCAUGGAGCGUUAUUGGAGGCGGUUCCAGUACAAGCCACCGCCACCUCCAACCGAUCAAGUUGCGCGGGACCUCGCCUUCCAGCCAUCUGUAAAUGUGGCCCGCCUGUCAGGAGCGAGGCCUGGAGUGACGAUGGUGGCGGCUGCCGCGCCGUUGCAGCAUCCGUCGGCGGCAUCAAUACAGCCGUCCUACCACCGGGACCAGUUGUACAGGUCGCCCGCUUUUGCUACAAGGCCUCAUUUCCCAGCGCCGCCACAGCCGCAAGGAUAUCAACCGCUCGACUCCGGUGGAGUCACCUGCCAUCGCUGCGGAGGCGUCGGUCACAUUGCCCGCGAGUGCCCUUCGGUGCCCGGGAAACGGGAGAUGGUAGGUGCUACUCCGGCCAGCACCUACGAGACAGCGCUGCGAGUGGCGGCCUUGGCCGGCAACAGAGAGCCUCUCCUGGAAGUGCGAAUUGGGCAGACUACGUUCUUGGCCCUGCUGGAUACAGGCUCAAGUGUGAGCUCGCUUGGAACACCAGCGGCAAGGGUGGCCGAGGCGACGGGCGCCAAACCCAGGACACAGGAACGAGCACUCCGACAGGCAACAGGUUGGUCGCGGUCAACCACAUCCCUAAAGUGCAAGAUACAGUGGGCCACAAGCAGCCGCAUACAACGUUUCCUGUGCGUGCCAGGUUUGUGUCUGGACAUUGUGCUUGGCAGAGACUUUUUGAAUGCGACAGGCAUAUCCCUACAUGUAGCGCUGGGUGGGUGGACUAUUGGAACUGACCCGCAGUGCAUUGUGCCAUUUGCAAAGCGUGAAAGAGAUGUGACUGCUGCGCUCGCGAUAGAGGAAGACGGCGAAUCUUAUUGCCUGCAGGGCCUCUUUGAAGAUGUGCUUGUUGUACCAGGCACGGGAACUUUUCCAGCUGACGAAGGCAUACAGACCAUGAAUAAGGUGCUCGAUGGCUUCUCUCAUUUGUUUACUGCAAGUCCUGGAUGUACCUCCCUCGCUCAGCACUCCAUUGACACUGGAGAUAGUGCGCCUGUGAUAUGCAAGUUGCGGCCAGUAAAUGCAAAAAAGCAAGAGAUCAUUGAAGGAUGUGUGAAUGACCUUUUGGAAAAGGGCCUUAUAAGACCUAGCACCAGCCCUUGGACUAGCGCCCCAGUGCUUGUGGCCAAGAAGUCUGGAGGCUACCGGCUUGCUGUGGACUACCGGCCGUUGAACGCACGUACCCGAGUACCUGCCUACCCAAUGCCUCGAACGGACUGGCUGCUAGCGCAAUUGGGCCGUGCAGUGUGGUUCUCAAGCUUCGACCUUUCCCAGGGUUUUUUUCAGAUUCCCGUGUCUGAGGCUGACAUUGCCAAAACAGCCUUUAUCUGCCACCAGGGCACAUUUGAGUUUACGAGAAUGCCCUUCGGGGUGGCAGGUGGCCCGGCAACAUUCCAGACCUUGAUGGACCGGCUGUUGCAAGGAAUAAAUCACGACUUCGCCGUGGCGUUUCUGGACGAUGUCCUUGUCUACGCUGAAAGUCUCGAGAGCCAAGUCGAGCAUGUAAUGGAGGUGUUGCAGCCUAUUGAGAAUGCUGCCCUUACGAUUAACCCUGAUAAAAUGCAGGUGUGCCGUCAGUCCCUUAAGUUUUUGGGCCACGUCAUCUCCCCUGGGCAGUGCAGACCAGAUGAAGAGAAAGUGCGGGCGGUACUGGAUUAUCCAACACCCACCACGAUUAAACAGUUGCAGGCUUUCCUGGGACUUGCUGGUUAUUAUCGCAGCUUCAUACCACACUUCUCACUGACGGCACAUCCACUCACUGUCCUUCUGAAGAAAAACGAGCCAUGGCGGUGGGAAGAGAGCCAAGAGCGGGCUUUCACCGCGCUCAGGCAUUCCUUAGCUCAGGAUGCUGUUAUGAGCCUUCCAGAUCUAAAUCGACCCUUUGUGGUGGAGACGGAUGCAAGUGGCAUUGGCAUUGCAGCUGUGCUACUGCAGGCUGGCCCUGAUGGACUGCAGCCCGUUUCCUUCAUUAGCAGGGUUCUCACAGAGGCCGAAAGCCACUAUACUGCCCAGGAGUGGGAGUGCCUUGCAGUGGUGUGGGCAGUGGACAAAUUCAGGGCGUAUCUUGAGUUUACGGAGUUCGAGAUACACUGUGACCACUCAUCCUUGUCAUGGAUGUUCUGCACCGACCAAGCUUCGCCCAGGGUCAAGCGUUGGGUCCUUCGCCUGCAGGGUUUCAGUUGCAAAAUAAAACACAGAAGGGGGCUAGCAAAUAUACCGGCAGAUGCCCUGAGUAGAGCCCUUCUUCAAGGUGAAGACCACCCCAGUGACAGCUUGCCCGAGAAACUGUUUCCCAUUGCUGCACAAGAACCUGAAGGGAAGAUUACAUUUGAGGAAAUAGCAGUCGCCUUGGAGGACGAUACGACACCUUUAAGUGACACCGGACAACUUGUACAACAGCAGGCUCGUGACAGCAGUCUCUCAAAACUGAAAACCGUGGUCCAAGGGGUUAUGCUCCCAAAUUCAGACCCUGAUCAUCGUCUUUUCCAUGAUCUGGCAGAAACAACAGAACUGGAGCCAAAUUGA